UUAAAAUUUAUAACUUGUUCAACUGGCAACAAACUGGAAAUCUUUGACAUAUCUAUUAAAAAAUGUACUGACAAGUUUGCCGCAUUUUGUGAAACUAGCCUAUAAAAGUGCAAAAACCAAUGUUUUGCUGAAAGUUUUGAUCCGACAAAAUUACCACGUGAUAAUAUUCAAAUUGUAGUAUGUUAUCUUUCGGUUUAUUUGUAAUUUUAUUAAUGCUCACCAAGCGAAACGUGGCUGACAUUGAGAAGAAAAAUGCCACCGAUCAGUGCACUCCAGGUCAGUUUCCUAGCCACGUCUGCAUUUUAUAUCUGAAGAAUGAACAACUCUGUGGAGGGACAAUAAUUCACCCUAGACAUGUGCUGACAUCAUCUUAUUGCUUCAGAGAUAGUUUGGAACGGAGGAAUCUUACUAAAAAGUUUGUUCUUGCUGGUGAUGUAACUUGGGGUCACGUCAAAACACGAUUCAGUCAAACUCGCAAUAUAACCCAUUUGAUUCAGCAUCCUGGCUCCUACAGGGAUGGAUUUGAUUUGGAUGACAUUGCCGUUUUAAAAGUUAAUCAAUCAUUUGAUGAAAAUUAUUAUGUGGUGUCUAUCGAGCUUAGCAGUGAACCGCCUGAUAUUGGCGUUCAAUGUACCAUUCUUGGUUGGAGUCAAGCAGGAUUAUCCCGAAAAACGACGACGUUGCGAAAAGGCCUUGUUUACGUUCAAAGGCAAAUAAAAUGCGGUGGUAAUUUGGUCGAAGAUAUAGAAAGGAUUAUAUGUGGUGCAAAUUCGGAUACCACACACACACCAUGUAUGGUUGAUCCAGGAGGUCCUUUAAUUUGUAACAAUAAGUUAGCGGGUGUCCACACACGUGCUAAUCGUGACUGUGAUAAUCAAACUUAUGGAAGUUACUUUAUGAAUGUUGCUUUUUAUCGAGAUUGGAUUACAAGGACAAUCGAGUGGGACGGUUAUGGUGCAGAACCAGAAGCGCGAACAGCGGAAUAUCGGUUUGGAGGGGCGGCAAAUCGAAAUGUAUUUAAGUUCAUAAUCUAUUUAGUAACCCAAAUGUUAAGAAUUGUAAUGUAAAUUAAAGUUCAAAGUCAAAUGGCAUCAUGAAAAAGAACAUAUGCGUGUGACGAGAUUGUG